AUCUCUCACCAGUCUCCUUCAGCGGAUUCCGCACCACUCACUCGCUCACUCACUUUGCUGCCUGGUUAAUUUCACACUGCCUGUACUGUCACAUGUCUGAUACUUGGCUUCUUACCUUGUCUUUAGACUUCCCCACCUGCCUCCACGCCACACACGUGCAUCGUGUCUAGCACUGCAUCACGAUAGUCCAAAACACCCAUUGACUGUCUGUCUUGACACCAAAAAAAGCCGCAAAAAUGUCCUCUCUCCUACGUCUGGCGAGGACGCUCCGCACCCACGGGGCCCCGAAGUGCACCAACACCAUAUCAUCCCACAAACCCAGUCACCUUGGCUUACCCUCUUCACGCUUCUACUCCCGCAACCUUGGAGGCGGGGCCCGAGGGUAUAUCAACUACCAGGCCCAGGAGACUGCCAACAAAGCCGUUCUCUACGCCCUAAUUGGUACCAAUGUGGCCGUCUUUGGGUAUGCAAUGUACCUGAAGCAACAAGCCAUGCAAGGCUAUCAACUUCCCUUCGUAAAGUUCAUGCAGAAAAUGUCACUAAACCUGUCUGAAUUCCAAAAUGGGUCCUACCUUCCUAUCUUGACUGCGAACUUCACUCAUAUAGACAUUGGCCACGUCUUCUCAAACAUGUUCUCUGUCUACUUCCUCGGAUCCUUUCUCGCUUCCGCCCCACCCAUCACCCCACUUCGCUACCUCACCAUCGCCAUUGGUUCUGGUGUCGCAGGAUCUAUCGGCUAUCUCUACAAUCGACAUUCCCUCCUACAGGCUGAAGCUCCUGGCACACGGGACACUACGCGCGGCCUAGGAUUCUCAGGUUCGGUAAUGGGCAUCAGCACUGUAGCUGCUUGUUUGGCACCGACUACUAAGGUAGCCAUUUGGGGCAUCAUUCCCAUGCCACUCUGGGCCUUGGUCACGGCAUAUGCGUUUUAUGAUGGCUUCUAUCUGAAUAGCAAGGAGAGUCGGGUUGGACAUGCGGGGCAUCUGGGAGGCCUGACUUUCGGGCUACUCUAUUAUUUUGCGCGCUUGAGGGGACUGAGAUAGAUAUUAAGGUGGCGAGCGAGUCUUGGGCACCAAAUUAACACGACGCAUCCCUAAAUGGCGUACUUGUCUUCAACGUUGAAAUCUCUGAGUAGAUGCACAUCACGACGAUAACU